GAAAAGUUUAUUUAUGGACGGAUGGAGUAUUGAACAAGUGUGGAUAAAAAAUUGACUCAUUUAAUUGUUGGAAGGGAAUGUAAUUUUGAGGGAGGGAGUCUUUUAGGUUGAAAAUAAAGUAUUUAAACAAAAAAAUAGUCUUUUUUGAAGGAAAAAAAGAGUUUUUUGUUGGGAAGGAAAAUGUAAACUUGACUCCCCUGCAUGACCUUUCUUUCUUUGUCACUGUUCCUGGCACACCAGAUAGAUAUAGAAAAACAUGAGGGCGCAGCCGCCAUUAAAGCAGAUAGAGGCAGAGUCCAAGACAGCCUGAAGAAGCUUCAGAUCUGAUCUGAGGAGCAGAGCAAAAGAAGAAGAAGAAGAAGAAGCAGAGUGGUCUGAGUGCCUGUUUGGUUUCUGGAAAAAUGCAUACUAGGUACAUGGAUAGAUCUUCUAGUAUUGCCCGUGAGAAACGGGCUUUGGAUCCGGGUAAUGGGUCUGAAGAUGUUCAGCCCGAGAAGAAACGCCCUGCUCUUGCCAGUGUCAUUAUUGAAGCCCUUAAGGUGGACAGCCUGCAGCGGCUUUGCUCUUCCCUGGAGCCAAUUCUUCGGAGAGUUGUUAGUGAAGAAGUGGAGCGUGCGUUGGCCAAGCUGGGCCCCGCCAGAAUUAAUGAGAGGGUUUCUCCAAAAAGUAUUGAAGGGCCCGAUGGAAGAAAUUUACAACUCCAAUUCAGGUCAAAAUUGUCACUACCUCUCUUUACAGGUGGGAAGGUUGAAGGAGAACAAGGUGCUGCACUCCAUGUUGUCUUGCUUGAUGGAAACACAGGCCACAUUAUAACCUCAGGCCCAGAAUCGUCAGUUAAAUUAGACGUUGUUGUGCUCGAUGGAGGCUUCAAUAAUGAAGAUGAAGAUGGUUGGAGCCAAGAAGAAUUUGAAUCUAAUAUAGUGAAAGAGCGCGAAGGAAAAAGGCCACUUCUGACUGGGGACUUGCAAGUUAUAUUAAAGGACGGAGUCGGGACCCUUGGGGAGUUGACAUUUACAGACAAUUCCAGUUGGAUCAGAAGCAGAAAAUUUAGACUGGGUUUGAAGGUCACUUCGGGCUUUUGUGAGGGUAUUCACAUUCGUGAGGCUAAAACAGAUGCCUUUACCGUCAAGGACCACAGAGGCGAAUUGUACAAGAAACAUUAUCCACCUGCUUUAAGUGAUGAAGUCUGGAGAUUGGAAAAGAUAGGGAAGGAUGGGUCUUUCCACAAGAGGCUGAAUAAAUCUGGAAUACAUAAUGUGGAAGAAUUCCUACGAUUUGUUGUGAGGGACCCACAAAGGCUUCGAAAUAUCUUGGGAAGUGGAAUGUCAAAUAAGAUGUGGGAAGCUCUUGUGGAACAUGCAAAGACGUGUGUACUAAGUGGAAAACUCUAUGUCUACUAUCCUGAUGAUCUGAGGAAUGUUGGGGUCGCGUUUAACAACGUAUAUGAAUUGUGCGGUCUGAUUGCUGGUGGAGAGUAUCAUUCUGUCGAUUCUCUUUCAGAUCAUCAAAAGGUUUAUGUGGAUACUUUAGUGAGGAAGGCAUAUGAGAACUGGAUGCAUGUGGUUGAAUAUGAUGGUAGAGCUCUCAUGAGCCUCAACGAAAACAAGAGCACCGAUUCUUCUCGGAAUUGCCAAGCAAUUGGCUCUCACGACCAUUCGAACUCUUUCAACCACCAGAUAAAUAAUAUAUCAAGUCUCUCAAACUCGAGUUCUUCGGAGCAGUCUUCUAUUGGAUAUGAUCCCAAUAAUAGUAGCGGAUACGCCAUGCAGUCUGCGAACGUGGAUGUCAACACCGAUGUACAUUUGAAUGACAUUUCUUUCCAGCACCAAAUGGUGGUUGGAGGAAUAUCAGAACCACCACCACCGCCGCCGCCACCACCACAACAACAGCUAGCCCUUACUUGUGGGAAUAAUUACAGCCUGCCAUUGCUUUCUCCUCCUGGAGCGCCAAUCCUGACUCCUUAUCAGGGGCCCACCGAUGACGACUGCUUCUUCACUGAGGAAAUCCGGUUAAGAAGCCACCAGAUGCUUGAGAAUGAAGACAUGCAGCAUCUCCUUCACAUUUUCAAUACUGAAGAGAGUUAUCUGCCUUAUACUGCUGCUGCUGCUGCACAACAACAACAUGUUCCCGUUAUGCCCCCAUCUUUUGGGUUCAGCGAGGAGCCUUCCCAGUCCUCGGGGAAAGCUGUUGUGGGUUGGCUCAAGCUUAAAGCCGCACUGAGGUGGGGCAUUUUCGUCCGAAAGAAAGCUGCUGAAAGGAGGAGAGCACAGAUUGUUGAGUUGGAUUAGAAGUCCCCUAGUUUUUCUGCAAGAAGAAGUCUAUUCCACGAAUGCCACGUCUGAUGGGCUUGAUCACGUAUGGGCUUUAUCCGGGCCCAUGUAUACCGCUAUGUGGUGGGUCUGGGCUUAAGCACAUGGAGUUCGAGCGAUACGAAAGCCCAAUGGAUUUGAUCUGCUGAGUCUUGGAUGACAUUUCAAGCUAUGGCUUCCCAUCUGAUUGCAGCAUUACUGUUGGAUUUUGUUUGCAGUUAACUACUAUUGUACUAUGUGAUACUCUCUGGGCAUAUUUUCUUACCUGAGUAAUAAAUUUGUUCUACACUGACAUACUGCAAUAAUCAACAUUGAUUGGUCUU